CCGGCUAGAAUAGCGAAUUUUGGUUGUGUUUGUAGACCUGAUGAUAUCUCAGUAUAUGAGAUUGUUGUGUUUGUAGACCUGAUGAUAUCUCAGUAUAUGAGAUUGUUGUGUUUGUAGACCUGAUGAUAUCUCAGUAUAUGAGAUUGAUGUGUUUCUAUAAUCGACUUUAUAGGAUACUUUUUGUCAGUGUAUUUUUUUUAACACAACAAAUUCAACUGUUAUUAAAUGCUAAUUAACAGCAUUAACAACUAAAAUCGAGUUCUUGUACCAAUGUCCAAUUUUAGAAUAACUUCAAGAACUGAAUGAAACGAGUCUUUUAUUUACGUUUAAUAUCUUUUCUCAGUUAUCGGUUCAUUGAUCUUUUGUACAAUUUAGAGGAAAGCAGUAGAACAAGCUUUAGGUUGCAAUGUUAAAUAACUUUUUAGCAGGCUAUCAAGAGCCAAUGUUGUGUAGACGUUUGAAAUACAAUUAAUUGCCUAUUGCAGUAAGACAUCAGUAAGUAUAAGCUUACUAGAUUUAGAGACAUAGCUUUAAGGUACCUUAGUACCUAUUGCAAAAUGAGAAACUUAUCUCCACUCUGUGUUUGCCUGUCUAGAUAGAUUGAAAGCAAACAUUCGUGAAUGAUUGUACAUGUACACCAGUGACAGACCUAGUUCUGUUGUCAAAUGUUAAUACUGUGUUCACCUUUGGAUAUUGUAUUUUAUUGACGUGUAUUUUUAAGAUUGAUUAUAACAGGAUUGGAAUAGCAGAUAAAACAAUGCAGUUCAUAGUUUCAUAAAGUCUUGGUGAAAAUUCCCAGAAGACAAAAUAGUGUUAGUCUAAAGACUUCAGAAAGGAUUCUAUAUGAGAUAAAUAUGAAGGAACCGGUGCAUUACGUAAACAAGGGACUCGAAGAUGAAAUGGAAAUUUCAGCCUACAAGUUAAAAAGGAUCAAGCUCUAUGCCACAUUUGUAGGUUAUGUUUUAACCUGUGGUAUCUUAAGACUUGUCUUCUACUGGUUGCCUCACUGGAUGCUGAAGGCAACUCAUUCACCAUGUCCUCUUGUAAAAGCUGAACAAAUCAUGUUAAAGGAUGCCUACAACAUGUACUAUGUAGUCACAGUUAAAACUAUGACCAGAGAAGGAACUGGUGUUAAAGUGCGUAAACCUAAAAGAAAAUUGUUUAGAAAACCCCAACAAUAUGAUGACACUAACAAUACACCUGAGAAUGAUGAUUCACUUUUACGGUACUUUGUAUGUAAAAGAGUGAAAUAUGUUUGGGAUUCUGAAAGUGCUAGUUAUAUACCUUUAAGAGGGCUUGACAUUGGUUGCAGACAAUCUUAUUUUCACAAUAUCACAGGAUUAACAAUAGCUGAACAGAGUAAGAGGCGUGUGUUAUAUGGCUCCAAUGUCAUAGAUGUGCAUGUCACACCAAUUAUAAUUAUUCUUUUUAAAGAGCUUGCAUCCCCAUUUUACACCUUUCAGUUAUUCUCAGUGUGCCUAUGGUUUGCUGAGAAUUAUUGGAUCUAUGCUGUGUGUAUUAUUGUGAUCACUGUCAUCUCUCUUAUUAUACAGAUCUAUCAAACUAGACAGUUUGAGAGAGCCUUGAGAAACACAAUAACUUCAACAGAUAAUACUAUAGUUAUGAGAGCAAAUGAAAGUUUUGAAAAUAUUCCUGCCUCCGAGUUAGCACCUGGGGAUAUAAUAGAGAUUCCACGCUUUGGUUGUGACAUGCAAUGUGAUGCUGUACUCAUAACUGGCAACUGUAUUGUUAAUGAAAGCAUGUUGACUGGUGAGAGUGUCCCAGUGACUAAAACAUCUUUACCAAAUACAAAUGGUAUGAGAUUAGAGAAUGAUCCAGAGGUGACUGUUAAAACUCACUCUAGACAUAUUUUAUUUUGUGGUACACAUGUUAUCCAGACAAGAUUCUAUGGCAAUCAGAAAGUCAAGGCAGUUGUACUGAGGACAGGUUUUUCCACCUCCAAGGGAGAACUAGUUAGAUCUAUCAUGUAUCCAAAACCACUGGAUUUCAAAUUUCAAAGACAUGCUUUAUACUACAUAGGAAUAUUAGCUUUAAUAGCACUAUGUGGUAUGAUCUACACUUUAGUUUUGAAAAUAGAUAGGAAAGACCCAGAUUCUGAAAUAGUUAUCAGGGUGUUAGAUCUCAUUACCAUCAUCAUUCCCCCUGCACUACCGGCUGCCCUGGCAGUGGGCAUGGUUUUCUCACAGAGACGACUUAAGUUUAAAAAUAUCUACUGCAUCAGUCCAAGAAGUUUGAACAUCUGUGGUACAAUUGAUGCCGUUUGUUUUGAUAAGACAGGAACUUUAACUGAAGAUGGAUUAAAUAUGCAUGGUGUUGUUAGAGCAGAAAAGAAUAAAUUUGAGUCAAUACUAAAAGAUAUGAGCCAGCUUCCUAAAGAUGAUUUGUUUUUUUGUAUGGCUUGUUGUCACUCACUGACAAUCAUAGACAAUGAAAUAAUUGGGGAUCCCAUGGAUAUUAUUAUGUUCAAAGCAACUAAUUGGGACUUAGAGGAACCUGGUCCAGAUGAAACAAGAUUUGACAUGAUGACGCCAACUAUAGUUCAUCCUAAAGUUGAUAAAAGCUCUUCAUCUAUUGGAACAUUGUCAGGACUAGACAUAGGCAUUGUGCGUCAGUUUCCAUUCUCCUCCUCACUACAAAGAAUGUCUGUUGUUACACGUAGGCUCGGGGCCAAGAACUUUGACCUCUAUGUGAAAGGCUCUCCAGAAAUGAUCACAAGUUUAUCUAAAACAGAAACAAUUCCUCAUGACUUCCAAGAAGUCUUACAGUCAUACACAAAACAUGGUUACAGAGUCAUUGCUCUGGCAUGGAAAGAACUUUCCAGUAAGCUGAACCUUGUCAAAAUUCAAAGACUCAACAGAGAACAAGUUGAAAAUGAACUCAACUUUCUGGGUCUCCUAGUGAUGGAGAAUCAUCUGAAGCCACAGUCUACACCAGCAAUAAAUGAACUCAAAGAUGCUAAUAUUAGAACCAUUAUGGUGACAGGAGACAACAUGUUGACUGCACUAAGUGUUGCCAGAGAAUGCAAUAUGGUGGAAAAAAGUGACAGAAUCAUCUUGGUACAAGCCUACCCUCCUGAUGUAGAUCACUCAGAUGUCACCUUUGAUUUUGUUUAUGCAGAUGACAAGAAUACAAAAGUGGAUGAAGCAUUUACACUGGAAGAUCAAAAGAAGAUUCAUAUAGAUCUAGACAACCCACGUUUUCAUUUUGCUGUCACAGGAAAGACAUGGGCUGUACUACGUAAAUACUGUCCAGACAUUCUAAGAAAGAUAGCAGUCAAGGGUACUGUGUUUGCUCGUAUGGGACCGGACCAGAAAGGUCAACUUGUAGAAGUUCUACAAGAUAUAGGCUACUCAGUUGGUAUGUGUGGAGAUGGGGCCAAUGACUGUGGUGCACUUAAGACUGCUCACAUGGGAAUAUCUUUAUCUGAAGCUGAAGCAUCAGUAGCUUCCCCUUUCACUUCAAAGACUCCAAACAUUGAAUGUGUUCCUACUGUCAUUAAGGAAGGUCGAUGUUCAUUGGUCACAGCAUUUGGUGUCUUCAAGUACAUGGCAUGUUACAGUAUGACACAGUUUAUUUCUGUCCUCAUUCUGUAUUGGAAAAAUUGUAACCUGAGCAAUGAUGAGUUCCUGUAUGCUGAUAUCUUCUUGACAUCUACCUACAGCAUCACUUUUAGCAGAACUGCACCCUAUGAAGAAUUAGUGGUGGAUCGUCCACUGAUCAGCUUAAUAAGUCCAGGUCCUAUUCUGAGCCUUAUCACCCAGGUGUGUCUUGUAACUGCUUUCCAAGUCUUUGUCUAUUUUCAUGUCCAGAUGCAGCCUUGGUUUAUUGGAUUCAGAUCUAACCUUGAAAAUGACUACACAAGUCAUGAGAAUUCAGCAGUAUUUAUCAUGUCAAUGUAUCAGUACACUAUCCUUGCCAUUGUCUUUGCCAAAGGAUAUCCAUAUAGAAAAGCAUUUUUCACCAAUUGGUGGUUUGUGUUAAAUCUUAUAAUUACUUUAGCUAUAACAAUGUGGCUAACAAUAGAUCCUGAUAAAGAUUUGGCAUCUCAUUUCCAGCUUGCCAUCUUACCCUCCAUAAAAUAUAGAUCCAUGUAUAUUGGUAUUGCAUUCAUUCAACUUGUUCUAGCCUACAGUGUUGAGAAAUUUAUAAUUGACAAUGAUGUAUUGAGACGUAAAAUUUCCAAUUGUCUGAAGAAUUGUAUACCUUCCCAUAACCUGGUCUACAAUACCAUUGAAUCUGAAAUUGAUAAUGAUCCUGACUGGCCUCCAGUCUCUGACAAACAGGUUGAUUUAGCAGAAAUUUUUCAACGUCAAGAUAAUGUACAACAAGAUACACAUAAUUUGGAAGAGAUGAGAAAUUCCCUGGAAGAUGUGCUGGGCAAAGAUUUUAAUGAUGACAUCAGUCAAACUGAUGAGAGUGCUCAGAUGUUGUUGAAUGGAAGUCCUGGUGCUACCUCUAGAUCAAACUCAGCAAUUGAUAAUCCUGCCUUCAUGGAUGACUCUAUGGGUUAUAGUACAGCCUUGUAACAAGCACUUCACUUUGAGAUGAAUGUUCCUUUAGCUAUUGAUAUUUAGAAGGAAAAGAUCUAUUUAAAUUUAUUGACCAUGUGAUAAAAAUGUAUAUUUAGGUAUCCACUACAGUAUAUGUACCUAUUGUAUUCUUUUAUUAUAAUCACAAUGAGAUUUUUAUUUUAUAUUUCUGAAGUGGCUAAUUUUAAAAGCCUUACAGAAACACCUUUGUUACACUUUUGGAUUAAGCCAAUAAAGCAGCUGGUCCACUUGUUGAUGUGAUGUUUAUCUGAGGGCUCUAGCAGUGAUAUAAAAAUUCCAGCAGAAUCUAUUUCCUUUCUUUAUUGAGUAUCACAUAUCUUAUUCAGACCUCAUUUACUUAAUUACAGACUUAUUUACUUGGUUUACAGCCAAGUCUAGCAAAUGUCCAUUAUGUUAGUUUAGACCAGAUGAGGUCAUAAUUCUAUUUUAUUAUGGCCUUGCUGAAAAAGUGUUUCAAAACUGAAAGUUGCUUUUCUUAGAUUGGUAUGCUAUUCCCACAUCUCAAAGACAGAUCCUAUCUCGGGGUCCCAAGGAUGCCUACUACUGGCCUUUAUAUUGUUAUGAAAAGUAAGAAGCAAUGUGGUGAAUACACUAUAAAGCUGUGCUCUUUAGUCAGUUCCUGAACAUAAAAAAUAAAAAUAAACUUCAUAGAAUCUUAAUGGCUGCUGGUAAAGUCAUUGGCAAAAAUCAACAACAUUAGGGCAGCUGUUUGAUAUAAAUAUUAAAACGAAAGCUAAAAAGAUUCUAGAAAUUGAAAAUCACCCUUUGUGUCAGGAUUUUGUGAUUUUACCAUCACAAAAGAGAUACAAGACACUGUUAGCAAUGACAAACAUACACAAACACUCUUUUGUUCCCCUGGCAAUCAAAUCAUUAAAUAGGAACAAUCUGUUAUAAACUUUGUCACAUGUAAAUUAAAAUGAGUGAGUCUGGUGUGAAUGUACAUUUUGGUUUCUUAUAGUUAUAAUGUUUUUUGUUUGGUGCAAUGCACACAUUGUAAGGCAAAUUUCCAUACGGACAAUAAAGAUUAUUAUUAUUAGUAUUAUUCUUAAAAUCAGAACCAACUUUGUAAGAGAUAUGUUUUUCAUGGAUGACACAGCAUUGGUGGCACACACGCAGGAGGAACGUCAGUUACUAAAUGUCCAUCUUCUUUCAGGCCAGCAAAAGUAUUGGCUAACUGUUAGCAUAAAGAAAACAAAUGUGAUGGGGCCAUCUAUUACAAAACCACCCUUCCUUCUCAUUGAUAAAAACAAGCUAGAUGAUGCUCACUUCUAAUACCAAAAUGGAAGUUUACAAGGCAUGUGAUUUUAGCCCACUAUUGUAUGGCAGUGAGUUGCUGAUUACUUGCAUGAAGAGCAAAAAUUAAAUUCAUUCUGGAGGAUCCUGAAAAUCAAUGGCCAGAAAGAAUAUGUACCACUGAGAUACUUGCUCAAACAGGUCUUCCCAACAUCCAUCUUCAUGUCCAAUGGAGGAUGACCAUUUUCCAAAAGUCAUAUUUAUGGACAAUUGGCAAUAGGCACAACUGGUCAUCCCCUCCUCUGAUAUGUGAAUGUAAUCAAACAGGACCUCAAAGUAGUGGACAUUGAUGUUGACUACAGGGAAGACAUAGUUUUAGACUAUCAUGUAGAGAGAGAUGGUUACAAAAAAAAAAGCAGUGGACACAAACAUUGUCCUCAUAUCUGGAAGAAAAGCAAGUCAAAUAAAAACAUAUAGUUAUUUACUGCCAAAGCAAAUGCUACAUUUACCAGUGUUACAUGUAAAAGGAAUUCCUUUCCAGAAAAGAGCUCUACAGUCACAUGAACAAGUUUUACAAGAGCAGCCAUGGCCGUUCUAUGACUGAAGGGACAACUAAGACUCAUGAUACAUUGAUGCAAAAUUUUGCAAAACUGGAACUGUCUUUAAAAUUUGACUUUAUUUUGCUAAAUGUUGAAAGAGGUACUUUACUUAGAAUUUUGUUUUUAAUGUGAAAUAGAAAUUUAAAAUAUGUUGUUGGGUGAGGAUCAACAUUUACAAAAUGUUCCAUUAAUUUCUUUGUCAUUCUUUUAGUGUUUUUAAAAAAAAUUCUUUAUUUUUCAAUGCAACAAUUGCAUCCUUUUUGGUGACUCACAUGUUAUUUUUCCUAGUUUAUAGACUGCACUCUCUACUGUAUGUAUGCACAUUUAAACAAAAUUAAUUAUUUGCUUAAGAUAUUUUUAUAUUUUUUUAGUUUAAAAAUAAUAACAAUACUACAUCAUGUACAAGUAUUAUGAUAUUUUCUGCUUUUACCUAAUGGAGACUUUUAGAAUGUUCUCUUGAAAUUGUAUUCUGAUUAAACUUACAUUCUUGAAUUCAUAGAGAUUGAUCAGAACAGUCAUAAUAUCAGCUCAACUUUAUUUUUCUCUAUAAUAAAGUGUGCUGUUUGGAUUUGUUUCGCCUACUUUUCAACUUGUUUUUGUCUCAACUAAUAUGGUUACAAUUAAUAUAUCAUAGGUUUGCCCAUGUUUAGGUGCUAAAUAUUUAUUGUGGGUUUUGUCAAAUCAUGAAAUUAAACAUUUUUAAAUUGUUUUAAA